UGGAUGCACUACUUGACCUGAAGCAUGAACUUUGGUGAGUUGCACGAAACUGUAUAGCUAUAGUGCUUUCUCUGUCAACUAUGGUCUGCAUUACUUGCCGACCGGCCCCAUUUCUCCUCGUUCCAAUACAGACACGAGUGGCAAUAUUGAAGGUCUCCCAUCGGCUCGUUUCUCUAGUAUGCAGUGGAUGCUGACUCCAAUAUUGGAUUUAGGAUCUCGGAGAGCAGCCCAAAGUGUCCGUAUCCAGCUCAUCGUAAUGCCUGAGGCUGGGACUGACUACAUCCAUGGGUCAGGGUUGUGGAGGGUUGGGUUGUUCUCGAGCGGCCAACGGGAUGGUCGUGGUGUAAGACACCAAUAUGUCCGGCAGAUCCUCAAUGAAUAUGAGACAAGCAGAGAACUAACUGUUUCUUUACCCUUGAGAUUUGAUUUAAACACAGACUUUAACAUGGAAGGAAUUGGAUGUGGGGAUACACGCUACAUUUGUAUUGAGUUCACAAAAGGAGAUAGACCACGUCCAAACUUUAAUCUACCGAUGACCAAUAACCACUUUAUUAAUUGUCAUCUUUAUCGCUGUAAAAAUUCAGAUCCAAGACCAACUAGAGCUCCAAGACCAAGACCGAGACCACGUCCAAAUCCGAAUCCCACUCCCACCUCUAACCAGGGUCCCGAUAGAGGACCUCGUCCUGUCAGCAAUCAGAACAGUCACCUCAAGACGGCAAGACUUACAAACUUUCGAUGGAACAUGCAGCCAGUAACAUAUCGGGAUGCUAUGUCGAGCGAUAUAAAUCUCAGGGCAUGGAUUACCCCUUCCCCAACAACUGAUUUCAUCCAUGGCGUCAACCUAUGGAGAUUGGGUAUCUUUGGCAACUCAUUGCAAACAGGGAAGGGACCGAAAGUUGGGUACCGUCGGCAGGUCUUGCCUCUUCGUGAUGCCAAUGCUCCAAUGCAUGCUGCAGCGCCACUUGAAUUUGAAAUCCCGAUGCAAUUUGAAUUGUGGAGAGUUGGAUGUAAUGACAUAGGGUUUCUCUGUGUUGAGUUUGCCAAGGGAGAUUCUCCUGAUCCAAAUUUCAAUUUUCCUUUACCUGGUGGAGGUGCAGUUGUUUCCUGUCAAAGAGCAACAUGUCUUCAGGGUAGAUCCAGUGGUUGGUACACUGCAAACUAUUUUUUUUAAGUUUCUUGCAAGUGUUCAGAUAUAAUGUAAUGCACUCAAAUGCAUGAAAUAGUGGGUGGUAAACUUAUAAUAGAAUAAAUGAAAAGCACUGCAAUCUGUAAUGAUCGUACAAUUUGUUGUGUCACAUGCACAGUUGUGAACUUUUUUUUUCAAUGAUGGCAGGUUUCAUUCAAGGUUUUUGAUAUCAAUCAUAAAUUACAA